ACAAGUGAAGUUCACUCUUCUUUCUUAGCGUCUAUUUUUUGCCUGCAUUAGGCUACCAUAUGACAAGGCUUAAUUUGCAACUUGGUUUCUCUUUUCACAUUGUUGGUUCUCUACAUACAUAUGUUGACAUUUUCCUACCUCCUAUUUUAGCAUCAAAAGAAUGUGUAGUCAUUUUUUAUUAACUAUGGUAUAUGUUACCCAAGCUGCCUAUAUAUCAAGAGAAAGCAUCAAAACCUGAGACACUUGUUGGUGUUCUCCGUAAUGGAAUUUCAAAUUAUGUUCAAGAGCUGCGAGGUGCAAAAGCCAUGAUCGAUGGGAACCUUGUUGUUAAUGAUGAAACUUGCACAACAGACGAUUUGCAUGAAGUUGAGUUGCUUCUACCAUUCAUGAAGGAUAUGUACAUCGGAGCAUGCAACCAGAAAGAUGUUGUAGGUAUUGUCAAUUUUACUGGUUCUGUAUGUUCCUUUUCAUUCUUGAAUUCAAAGGAACCAAUUUCACAGGCUGUUGCUGAUAUAAAGGAUGAUAUCAUCAGGAGUUUGCUAAGCAGGCUGGAUAUCAUUUGUGAUGAAGUGGAUGAAAAUGUAUGGCCAAAUGACGAUGUAAUUAAGGAAACAAGAAAUGACCCAUUGUCUGAAAAGCCGGUUUCCCAACUUGUUUUACACUCCUUGAGGUGCAUUAGCAUUGUUGAUAAGUCUUUAUUUUAUCAAAAGAACCUAAGUCUAAUUAGAAUACUUAUUUACUAUCAUUCAAUUUAUUAUUUUCUCUUUUAUCUAUCAAUCAAUUUGAGGAGUGAUACUUUCUUUUGCUUAGAUCUUUGCUGUAGGCUUUCUUAUUUACAGUACAUUAUUAUCAUCAUGGCUUCAUGCUAA